AUGGUGUUAAUGAAUUCGAGUACUUUGGCUCCCUCCCAUCGUCAAAAUCGCCGUCGAGAACGUCCAGGUUCUCGCACUCGACGGACCGUCAAUCGCAAAGCAAAUAUCAAAUCGGAUUUCACAGAAGGAUAUCUCGAUGCUUACGACCCUUCAGUGUCUCUUCCAUCCGACCGAGCUCGCCCUUCUCCUAUGUUGAGAGAAAGCGUUCAUCAGACAUGGCAACGUUGGAAGGAACGCGAGGCUGAAGAGCAGGCAAUUGCGGAGAUGGACAAGAUACAGGCUUUGGAGAGGGAGCUUACAUUAUACGGUGGAUGUCCUGACGACGACGAGUUAUAUCGUUUGGGGAUCUUACAUGAUGAUACUUCAUCGAAUCACAAUCUCGAAGUCUCACAACAAUCUCCACUCUUCACAAUUCGUACUCGCAAGAGACGGGCUCCAAAACGACAACGCUCCAUUUGGGUUUCUUUACCAUUACAUCUUUCUCUCUCGAGUCUGAGUGAAGAUAACCAAAUCAAGAAACUUAUUUCAACCAACACGACACCGAUAAAAACGAUUCAACAUCGUCGCCCAGUUCCACAAAUUCACAUUUCUAUUGAUCCCCCACAGUCACUACCGGUAGCUACACCGGCGUUAGGGGAAUCAAAUACAACAUCAGCCAUCAUUUCACCACGACCACAAUCAUACCAAGACUGGGAAAUCAUCAACUCAUCAUCACAACCAUCGACGCCUUCAACCGACGGGUUAUCGGAACCAGAAACUUGGAUUCUCCUAAGCGACGACUCGUAG